AGCGUACUGAGCCAACACAUUUCAAACUGAACGGCGGUUAGUUUAAACUCAGACCGAUUAAAAACAACAACGGUUAAUUGUCCAGAAUAUUCAAAACGAGUAAGAAAAUGACGAGCACGUUGAACGGAAUUACUCUGAAGGGAAGCGCCGAGCUUGUGGCAAAUUUCUUCUCAUUUGGCAUCAACAGCAUCCUGUACCAGAGGGGCAUUUAUCCUCCAGAGACAUUCAGCAGGAUCACCCACUAUGACAUGAACCUUCAGCUGACCACUGAUCCCAAACUGAAGAACUACCUGACCAAAGUGGUGUCUCAACUGAAAGAGUGGCUGUUUGAGUGCACAGUGCAGAAGUUUGUGUUGGUGAUCACAUGUCUGGAAACCAACGAGGUGCUGGAGAGAUGGCAGUUUGACAUCGACUGUGACAAAUCAGCCAAAGAGAGCAGUGCUCCCAGAGAGAAGUCCAUUAAGAUCAUUCAGGAUGAGAUCCGCUCGGUGAUGAGACAGAUAACGGCCACAGUCACUUUCCUGCCCCUGCUGGAGACCCCAUGUGCCUUUGACCUCCUUGUCUACACAGACAAAGACCUGCUGGUUCCUGAUAAAUGGGAGGCGUCUGGGCCGCAGAUCAUCGACCAGUCAGAGGAGGUGCGCUUGCGCUCCUUCGCCACCUCCAUCCACAAGGUGAACAGCAUGGUGGCGUACAAGAGGACCGACUCUGUUUAGACUCUCACACAGAGAGAAAGUUGUUCUGCUGUCAUUUCCUGAUUGUGCCUGUGUCUUUCUUUUUCUUCUUGAGAAGAAUGUGACAACAACCUGUUUUGUCUACGUUGAUGUAAAUAUUUCUCAUGAGCAUUGAUCCAACAAUUUGGAACAACUGUGUCUUUUCUUUCCUUUAUUGUUUCCCCUCUCUCUUAAGUCGUCAACUUCUGUUAGAAGAUAGUGGUUUAUAUGUAAAACUUUUAUAAAAUGUCGUAAAUAAAUGUCUUUCUCAAACGUU